UCUAUGGCAUGGUGUUUGGGAUUGCCAUACUCGCGCUCAACUGCGUUCCUAGGACACCUGUCUCAGAGCUAUGCGCACAUUGCUAUGUGUUCACCUCCUUCUAGGCUUGGCAUUUGCUGUCAAUGCACAGAAUGACACAUGUCCAUCUUUGUGCACCUGUGCGUUCCACGGACGCAGCAAUGGAAAGGGACUCAGGACUGUACUGUGUAAGAAUCCUUCCUUGACAGCAAUCCCAGUCAACUUGCCCUCUGACACAGUGAAGUUCCGUCUGGAGCGCACUUCUGUUUCUCGGGUCUUCAGGGGGGCCUUUUCAACCUUGCCAGGCCUUGUAUAUCUCUGGCUUACCUACAACUCCAUCACCAUUGUCCACCCACGGAGCUUCACAAACCUCACGUUCCUCCAUGAGUUACGAUUGGACGGGAAUCUUCUGUCCACCUUCCCCUGGGAGGCCCUCAGGGACACACCCCGUCUCCGAACACUCGGGCUGCACAACAACCGCCUGUCACGAGUCCCUCCUCAAGCUGCACGUUUCCUUGGCAACAUUACCUACCUGGACCUGUCAAGCAACAGGCUGAGUACGCUGCCAAAUGAACUGACCACUCUCUGGCCUCUUACUACUCAAAGUGAACCCCAGCGCUCAAUGGUACUAGGUCUGCAGGAUAACCCCUGGCUUUGUGACUGCAGACUGUCCAUUUUGCUGGACAUCAGUAAGGCCCCAGAAUCUUCUCUAGUUCUGUUGGAUCGGUUCCUUACAUGUAUUGGCCCUCCCGACUUAGCUGGAGUUCCCUUCCAGAGCGUGGAUCUGCCACGCUGCCGCCGGCCCUCAGUGCUGACCUCUUCCACAAAGGUCACAACCUUACUGGGGAGCAACGUCCUGCUGCGCUGUGAUGCCAGAGGAUACCCUACCCCUGCUCUCAUCUGGAUCAAAUCAGCUAGACCUAAUCUCUAUAACACAGCUUGUUGCAGGCAGAUUGAAAAUGUGGAAAACGAGAAACUACCAAGAAAACUGCCAAGCUUUGCGCAGGAGUCUCCUCGUAAAGGACUACGCUGGUCAGUGAUCAGCCUGAAUGGGAUAUCAUAUAAAGAUGCUGGAGAGUACCGCUGCAGGGCUCAGAACAUGGCUGGCACGUCAGAGGCCAUCAUCAGUCUGAAUGUGAUUGGAGUCAUCAAUGGAAAUUCAGAUUCCAAAAAAACAGCUGCGCCCAAAUCUCCUUUAAAGCAGCCUCUCUCUGAAAGGAAGCCCAGCCAACGACUCCAAAAGACCCCCAGCUUAUUCCCUAAACAUGUCACUGGAGGCCUGCUCUCCACUCCUAAGAGAAUCCUGACCACCCCUAAAGCCAACAGGAACAAGAUGAAGAGAGACAGGACUGGAAGACCGAGCUUGCCACAAAGCUGAUUAUCCAAACCGAACAGGCCAAGCAGCUCACAUCCAAUUCCAAUCAAAUGCAACACAGCCAAACCAGACUUCACCUUAAAAAAUCAUCUGAAUUACUUGGUUGUUCUCAAAAUAAACCCCUGUUGAGGACAGUAUUGUUUCUGAACACUGUGUAUUUGCCGUUUCUUUUCAUUCACAUGUACAGCAUUGACCUCUCGAGGGCGUCCUUUA